AAAAUAAAAAAAAAUAUUUUUUUUAAAAGGGGAAGGAAAAGGAAAGGAGGAGGGGAGGAGGCAGGAAGGCAGCCUCAUGGUAUCUGGCUGGUUUGGGUUUGUUGGAACCAGAAAAUGAUUCAGGCAUAAACACAAACACCUCCGGGCAUUGUUUUACCAUGGCUCGGAAGGUUGACGGGAAGCCCCAAACGCCGCCGUCCAAACCCAGGCUCCGCCCCAAGCCCGCCGCCAACCCUAAACCUUCUUCUCUCCCCACGGCUAAGGUGAAGAAGCCAGGCAAGCCGAACGAGAAGGAAGUGGAGCAUUCCAUGCCUAUGAAGGAGCUUUCCAAUACCCAAAUUACAAAGAUGUUGAGUCAUGCAGGGAAGUCCCCAGCCAUUAGCAAUACACAGUAUGAGUUUCCAGUUGAUGGAUCACCCUCACGAGGUCAAGCAAAGUCAUCUGCUGUCAUUCGAGCACAGGAAGUUCGAUCAAAACUAGAACGUCAAUUCCCUAGCUUCGUGAAAUCACUGGUCAGAUCACACGUGGCCAGUUGUUUUUGGAUGGGGCUUCCUUCGCUGUUCUGCAAAUCACACUUACCAGAUAAAGAUAUUACAAUGACUUUGGAAGAUGAAAGUGGUAGACAGUAUCAGUUGAAAUACAUUGCAUGCAAGACCGGACUCAGUGCUGGUUGGAGACAGUUUGCUGCUUCUCACAAUUUACUCGAGGGAGAUGUUCUGGUCUUCCAAUUAGUCGAACUUACAAAAUUUAAGGUUUACAUAAUAAGGUCAAAUGGUAUGGCUGAAGUUGAUGGGGCUCUUGGCCUUCUAAAUUUGGAUAAUAAUACAAAACAAAAGGAUUCAGAUAAAGAUAAUGCAGAAACGAGCACUACGCCUUGUAAUGACUCCAUCAGGAAACGCGCACAUUCUCCUCAGUUAGUAGUUCCAAAGAAGAAAAAGAUUGGUUUGCAGCGAGCCGAACAAUCUGAAAACGAUAGUGAGGACGCUGGUUCAGAAGUUUCAGAAGAUCUCAAGUCACCUGCCGCAGCUCUUCAAUUUGAGGACAUCCGAAGUUAUGAGAAUUUUCACAUUCUAGUAGAUGGGUUGUUUCUAGAUUCUGAGUUCCCCGAAGAUGUUCGAAAGAAGUACUACAAGCUCUGCCGCAGCCAGAAAGCGUUUCUUCAUGAAAAUGUUAUCAAGGGCAUGAAUCCUAAUUUGAUUAUAGGAGCUAUAUCUGAAACUGUAAAUAUUGCCGAUUCCAUUAAAGCUUGCAAGGUCACUACACAUCGAGAUGAUUUUGUGUCUUGGGACAAGUAUUUAACGGCCUUUGAGUUGUUGGGCAUGAAUGUUGGAUUUUUACGUGAUCGGAUAUGUCGGCUUGCAAACCUAGCCGACGACUCAGGAGCUGCAUUGGAGGCAAAAAUGUACAAAGAAGCUAGAAUUGAGCGGUCGCAGGCAGGAAUAGGAAUAAGAAAUAUCGAAGUGAAGCUGGAGGAAAUGAGGGAGGCGUGCGAUGAAUUCGGCGCUGCCAUUGAGAGCCUGAGAUCAAAAGCUGAAAUCAACACGCUCAAGUUCCAGGAAGAGGUUACUGCUCCUUGGUAAAUAGGCUACCGUGAAGUGUAAAAUCCUCUUCCCUUUUUGCUUUCAUGUCUCAAUGUACUUGCUUGUAGUUUAUCUGUGACCCAAAAGAUGGCUGUUUGUGCUUUGUGUGGUUCUGGAAACGACUAGCAACUAGUAACUUUAGCUAUGUGAUGUUUUUUUGGCUAAGAGAGCUUUCAGCUAUUAAUACAGAUUAAGAUUACAGUAAUUCAGUAUUA